AUGCGUGUUCAAGUUUUAACAGAUAAUAUCUGGUCAAUUACAUUAUUUUGUUCAUUUGUAACAGGAUUUAUUAUUAUUGCUUCUUGUGUAACAAAACGUCGUCGUCGUUAUUUUCGUCAUCAUCGUCUUGUUGAUGACGUACAUCAUUUAUGGCCAUUUGAUGAAUAUCUUAUACAACCAACUUUAUGUAAUGUUUGUUCAUCAACUUUAUUAACUGGUUUUCAGUGUUCAUCAUGUGGAAUUUAUUUACAUGAACGUUGUAUACGUCCUGCUCGACGUCUUUUUCAUUGUAAACAUAUGACAAGCGAACAAGAACAAAUACAACAUCAAUGGACUCGUGGUAAUUUACCAUUAGAUUCGGAAUGUAUUAUUUGUCGACGAUCAUGUGGAGCUGAACCAAGAUUAUGUGAUUAUCGAUGUAUAUGGUGUCAACGUAUUGUACAUGAUUCAUGCAUGAGAGCAUUACCUAUUGAAUGUGAUUUUGGUGAAUAUCGACGUUUAAUUAUACCUCCUAAUGCUGUUGUUUCACGUACGGGAAAUAAAAAACUUGUCGGAUAUGCUCAUUCAGUAGUCGAACGUAUUUUACCAUGUGGUAUUGAUGAUUGGUGUCCAUUACUUGUUAUUGGUAAUCGAAAAUCAGGUGGAGCUAAUACAGAUCUUGUUCUAAAUUCCUUUCGAACUUAUUUAAAUUCUGUACAAGUUAUUGAUAUUUCAACAAUUUCACCAUCUUCAAUUCUUGAAUGGUGUAAUUCACUUCCAGAUAUUGGAUUUUAUAUUCUUGUAUGUGGUGGUGAUGGAACAGUUAAUUGGAUUUUAGAAAGUAUUGAAAAUACAACAUCAGGUAUAAAACCUGCUGUUGGUAUUCUUCCAAUGGGUACAGGUAAUGAUUUAGCUCGUAUUUUACAAUGGGGUUAUGGAGAAGAUUCUGCUGUUGAUGUUAGUACUUAUUUAAAAAAAUUAAUGGCUGCUAAAGUUGUGGCUCUUGAUCGAUGGUCAGUAGAUAUUUGUGCUAAUGCUCGACAUUUUGGUGUAGCAACAGCUAGUGCACGUCAUAUGCGUAUGUCAAAUUAUUUUUCAGUUGGUUGUGAUGCAUUGGUUACACUCAAUUUCCAUCGUCGUCGCGAUAAAAUACCAGAAUUUUUUGCUAGUCAGGAAUGCAAAGAUCUGCAAAAUAAUGUUAUUCUUGAAAUGGAUGGACGAAUUGUUGAAAAUCUUCCAGCAUUAGAAGGUAUUUGUAUAUUAAACAUUCCAUCAUGGGGCGCAGGUGUUCGUGUUUGGGGAGCAGGUGAAAAUAUUCCUGUACAACAAAUUGAUGAUGGUUUUGUUGAAGUUUUUGGAAUUUAUAGUUCAUUUCAUAUAGCACAAAUGCAAGUUGGUCUUGCUGAUCCAUUCCGCAUAGGACAAGCUCGUCGAGUUAAAUUAACACUUAAACGUCGUUUUCCUUGUCAAUGUGAUGGAGAACCAUUUGAAGAAGGUCCAUGCGUUGUAGAUAUUGAACAUUUUUCCCAAGCGAGAAUGUUAAUGAAUAUUGAUAUCAAAUGA